AUGCUCUGUCAACUCUUCCUCUUAAUUCUCGUUUCCAUCCUCUCCAAUUCUAAAAUGAGCACGGCAACACAAGUCCCCUCAGGGACAUACCGCGCACCCCUCCAUAACUGUGAUUACGAAUCCCUAGUGCCGAACUCCUACGUUAUAUAUUUGACACCAGGGCACUCACUCGAGCAGCACUCUGAGGCCGUAGGAAAGGAUAUGAAGCCGCUUGUGCACCACGUGUUUGACAUGUAUACGGAGAAGGUGGUUUAUGUUGGGAGACCGGUGGAUGGGAGUUUGUUGGAGGCUAUCAGGGCGGAUGAAGGGGUUGAGCUUGUGGAGUGUGAGGAUGAGCCGCAGUUGGAUGAUGAGUUGGAGAAGGAGUUGUAG